AUGAGACCCCCGGAGACCUCAGGAGACCCCCAGAGACCUCAGGAGGACCCCCAGAGAUCCCAGGAGACCCCCGGAGACCUCAGGAGACCCCCAGAGACCUCAGGAGACCCCCAGAGACCCCAGGAGGACCCCCAGAGACCACAUGAGACCCCCGGAGACCUCAGGAGACCCCCAGAGACCUCAGGAGGACCCCCAGAGAUCCCAGGAGACCCCCGGAGACCUCAGGAGACCCCCAGAGACCCCAGGAGGACCCCCAGAGACCACAUGAGACCCCCGGAGACCUCAGGAGACCCCCAGAGACCUCAGGAGGACCCCCCAGAGAUCCCAGGAGACCCCAGGAGACCCCAAAGACACCCCAAGAGACCCCAGGAGGCCCCCUGA